GAGACCAAAGCAGCAAUGGCUCGCUUUACCACAGCAGUGAUAUUUUUGUUCCUAGCGCAAUGUGCGACAACAUAUGCGAGAGGUAUCCAUGUAUCGGCUUACACCCCUUUUUCGAACCCUUAUACGGCUGAGAAUUUCGCUCGGACCUUCGUGAACAACAUCGUCAAUAGUGGAGAAUUCGGGGCUCAAGAUGCUGCGGACUUCGAUGACAUCAUUCAAAGUCUUCUGCAGGCCCAGAACAUGCACAAGGGGCAUGACACCAACGCUAAGGCCAAAGCGAUGCAGAUGGCAUUUGCUUCCUCCAUAGCUGAAUUGGUCAUCGCCGAAAGUGAAAGUGAAGGUUCAAAUGUUCAGCGAAGGACCAACACAAUUUCCAACUGCUUGAGAAAUGCCUUGUAUAGCACCACAGGAAGAGUCAACGAGGAUUUCGUGAGAGAAAUCGAAGACCUCAUCAACCUCUUCUCGCAGGAGUCAUUCAACGAAGUUGAAACCUAUGGUCCAGGCACCUACUACCAAACUUCUACAACAGGAGGACAAGGAGGAACACCUGUUGUCACAGAAACAGUGACUGUCUCCGUGUCUGGAGGUGGAGGUGGAGGAGGAGCAGGAACCGGUGGAAUCGGUGGACCAUCAGGUCUGGGAGGAGCCGGAGCAACUGGUGGAUUCGGUGGUGCUGGAGGACCUGGUGGAUUCGGUGGUGCUGGAGGACCUGGUGGACCAGGAGGACCCGGUGGACCAGGAGGAUUUGGAGGUUCAGGCGGAGGAGCAGGAGCCGGUGGUGUCGGACCCGGCGGAAUCUCUGGAGGUGCUGGCGGUGCUGGCGGAUCAGGUGUAACAGUUGUAGAGUCAGUUACUGUUGGUGGAGCCGGAGGACCAGGAGCUGGUGGUGUCGGUCCAGGAGGUGUCGGACCUGGAGGAGUUGGACAGGGAGGUAUUUACGGACCAGGAGGAGCUGGAGGACUUUACGGACCGGGUGCAGGUGGAGCCUUCGGAGCAGGAGGAGGAGCUGUUGCACCAGGAGGACCUGGAGGUCCAGGUGGACCAGGCGGCCCUGGAGGUCCAGGUGGAUUUGGCGGAGGAGCAGGAAUCGGCGGUGGUGUUGGACCAGGAGCUGGAGGUGUUGGACCGUCUGGAGGUGCUGGUGGAACAGGUCCGGUAUCUGUCUCAUCUACUGUAAGUGUCGGUGGUGCUGGCGUACCAGGCGCAGGUGGACCAGGAGUAGGAGGACCAGGAGCAGGUGGAGCAGGAGCUGGUGGUGUCGGAACUGGAGGAUUUGGAGGUCCAGGUGGAUUCGGUGGACCGGGAGGUCCUGGAGGACCAGGCGGCCCAGGAGGAGCAGGCGGAGGCGCCGGCGGCGCUGGAGGAUUGUACGGACCUGGAGGUGCUGGAGGAUUGUACGGUCCCGGAGGAUUAUACGGACCUGGAGGAGCUGGUGCACCUGGAGCUCCCGGAGCUCCGGGUAGAGCAGGAGGUAUCGGAGGUAUAGCCGGAGCUGGUGGUGUCGAAUCUGGUGGAGUCUCUGGAGGUGCUGGCGGAGGAGGUGUAUCAGUUACAGAAUCAGUUACUGUUGGUGGAGCCGGAGGUGCAGGAGCAGGAGCAGGAGCUGGUGGAAUCGGUGGACCAUCAGGUCUGGGAGGAGCCGGAGCAACUGGUGGAUUCGGUGGUGCUGGAGGACCUGGUAGACCAGGAGGACCCGGUGGACCAGGAGGAUUUGGAGGUUCAGGCGGAGGAGCAGGAGCCGGUGGUGUCGGAACCGGUGGAAUCUCUGGAGGUGCUGGCGGUGCUGGCGGAUCAGGUGUAACAGUUGUAGAGUCAGUUACUGUUGGUGGAGCCGGAGGACCAUUAGCUGGUGGUGUCGGUCCAGGAGGUGUCGGACCUGGAGAAGUUGGACCGGGAGGUAUUUACGGACCAGGAGGAGCUGGAGGACUUUACGGACCGGGUGCAGGUGGAGCCUUCGGAGCAGGAGGAGGAGCUGGUGCACCAGGAGGACCUGGAGGUCCAGGUGGACCAGGCGGCCCUGGAGGUCCAGGUGGAUUUGGCGGAGGAGCAGGAAUCGGCGGUGGUGUUGGACCAGGAGCUGGAGGUGUUGGACCGUCUGGAGGUGCUGGUGGAACAGGUCCGGUAUCUGUCUCUUCUACUGUAAGUGUCGGUGGUGCUGGCGGACCAGGCGCAGGUGGACCAGGAGUAGGAGGACCAGGAGCAGGUGGAGCAGGAGCUGGUGGUGUCGGAACUGGAGGAUUUGGAGGUCCAGGUGGAUUCGGUGGACCGGGAGGUCCUGGAGGACCAGGCGGCCCAGGAGGAGCAGGCGGAGGCGCCGGCGGCGCUGGAGGAUUGUACGGACCUGGAGGUGCUGGAGGAUUGUACGGUCCCAGAGGAUUAUACGGACCUGGAGGAGCUGGUGCACCUGGAGCUCCCGGAGCUCCGGGUAGAGCAGGAGGUAUCGGAGGUAUAGCCGGAGCUAGUGGUGUCGAAUCUGGUGGAGUCUCUGGAGGUGCUGGCGGAGGAGGUGUAUCAGUUACAGAAUCAGUUACUGUUGGUGGAGCCGGAGGUGCAGGAGCAGGAGCAGGAGCUGGUGGAAUCAGUGGACCAUCAGGUCUGGGAGGAGCCGGAGCAACUGGUGGAUUCGGUGGUGCUGGAGGACCUGGUGGACCAGGAGGACCCGGUGGACCAGGAGGAUUUGGAGGUUCAGGCGGAGGAGCAGGAGCCGGUGGUGUCGGACCCGGCGGAAUCUCUGGAGGUGCUGGCGGUGCUGGCGGAUCAGGUGUAACAGUUGUAGAGUCAGUUACUGUUGGUGGAGCCGGAGGACCAGGAGCUGGUGGUGUCGGUCCAGGAGGUGUCGGACCUGGAGGAGUUGGACCUGGAGGUCUUUACGGACCAGGAGGAGCUGGAGGACUUUACGGACCGGGUGCAGGUGGAGCCUUCGGAGCAGGAGGAGGAGCUGGUGCACCAGGAGGACCUGGAGGUCCAGGUGGACCAGGCGGCCCUGGAGGUCCAGGUGGAUUUGGCGGAGGAGCAGGAAUCGGCGGUGGUGUUGGACCAGGAGCUGGAGGUGUUGGACCGUCUGGAGGUGCUGGUGGAACAGGUCCGGUAUCUGUCUCUUCUACUGUAAGUGUCGGUGGUGCUGGCGGACCAGGCGCAGGUGGACCAGGAGUAGGAGGACCAGGAGCAGGUGGAGCAGGAGCUGGUGGUGUCGGAACUGGAGGAUUUGGAGGUCCAGGUGGAUUCGGUGGACCGGGAGGUCCUGGAGGACCAGGCGGCCCAGGAGGAGCAGGCGGAGGCGCCGGCGGCGCUGGAGGAUUGUACGGACCUGGAGGUGCUGGAGGAUUGUACGGUCCCGGAGGAUUAUACGGACCUGGAGGAGCUGGUGCACCUGGAGCUCCCGGAGCUCCGGGUAGAGCAGGAGGUAUCGGAGGUAUAGCCGGAGCUGGUGGUGUCGAAUCUGGUGGAGUCUCUGGAGGUGCUGGCGGAGGAGGUGUAUCAGUUACAGAAUCAGUUACUGUUGGUGGAGCCGGAGGUGCAGGAGCAGGAGCAGGAGCUGGUGGAAUCGGUGGACCAUCAGGUCUGGGAGGAGCCGGAGCAACUGGUGGAUUCGGUGGUGCUGGAGGACCUGGUAGACCAGGAGGACCCGGUGGACCAGGAGGAUUUGGAGGUUCAGGCGGAGGAGCAGGAGCCGGUGGUGUCGGACCCGGUGGAAUCUCUGGAGGUGCUGGCGGUGCUGGCGGAUCAGGUGUAACAGUUGUAGAGUCAGUUACUGUUGGUGGAGCCGGAGGACCAUUAGCUGGUGGUGUCGGUCCAGGAGGUGUCGGACCUGGAGAAGUUGGACCGGGAGGUAUUUACGGACCAGGAGGAGCUGGAGGACUUUACGGACCGGGUGCAGGUGGAGCCUUCGGAGCAGGAGGAGGAGCUGGUGCACCAGGAGGACCUGGAGGUCCAGGUGGACCAGGCGGCCCUGGAGGUCCAGGUGGAUUUGGCGGAGGAGCAGAAAUCGGUGGUGGUGUUGGAACAGGAGCUGGAGGUGUUGGACCGUCUGGAGGUGCUGGUGGAACAGGUCCGGUAUCUGUCUCUUCUACUGUAAGUGUCGGUGGUGCUGGCGGACCAGGCGCAGGUGGACCAGGAGUAGGAGGACCAGGAGCAGGUGGAGCAGGAGCUGGUGGUGUCGGAACUGGAGGAUUUGGAGGUCCAGGUGGAUUCGGUGGACCGGGAGGUCCUGGAGGACCAGGCGGCCCAGGAGGAGCAGGCGGAGGCGCCGGCGGCGCUGGAGGAUUGUACGGACCUGGAGGUGCUGGAGGAUUGUACGGUCCCGGAGGAUUAUACGGACCUGGAGGAGCUGGUGCACCUGGAGCUCCCGGAGCUCCGGGUAGAGCAGGAGGUAUCGGAGGUAUAGCCGGAGCUGGUGGUGUCGAAUCUGGUGGAGUCUCUGGAGGUGCUGGCGGAGGAGGUGUAUCAGUUACAGAAUCAGUUACUGUUGGUGGAGCCGGAGGUGCAGGAGCAGGAGCAGGAGCUGGUGGAAUCGGUGGACCAUCAGGUCUGGGAGGAGCCGGAGCAACUGGUAGAUUCGGUGGUGCUGGAGGACCUGGUACACCAGGAGGACCCGGUGGACCAGGAGGAUUUGGAGGUUCAGGCGGAGGAGCAGGAGCCGGUGGUGUCGGACCCGGUGGAAUCUCUGAAGGUGCUGGCGGUGCUGGCGGAUCAGGUGUAACAGUUGUAGAGUCAGUUACUGUUGGUGGAGCCGGAGGACCUUUAGCUGGUGGUGUCGGUCCAGGAGGUGUCGGACCUGGAGAAGUUGGACCGGGAGGUAUUUACGGACCAGGAGGAGCUGGAGGACUUUACGGACCGGGUGCAGGUGGAGCCUUCGGAGCAGGAGGAGGAGCUGGUGCACCAGGAGGACCUGGAGGUCCAGGUGGACCAGGCGGCCCUGGAGGUCCAGGUGGAUUUGGCGGAGGAGCAGGAAUCGGUGGUGGUGUUGGAACAGGAGCUGGAGGUGUUGGACCGUCUGGAGGUGCUGGUGGAACAGGUCCGGUAUCUGUCUCUUCUACUGUAAGUGUCGGUGGUGCUGGCGGACCAGGCGCAGGUGGACCAGGAGUAGGAGGACCAGGAGCAGGUGGAGCAGGAGCUGGUGGUGUCGGAACUGGAGGAUUUGGAGGUCCAGGUGGAUUCGAUGGACCGGGAGGUCCUGGAGGACCAGGCGGCCCAGGAGGAGCAGGCGGAGGCGCCAGCGGCGCUGGAGGAUUGUACGGACCUGGAGGUGCUGGAGGAUUGUACGGUCCCGGAGGAUUAUACGGACCUGGAGGAGCUGGUGCACCUGGAGCUCCCGGAGCUCCGGGUAGAGCAGGAGGUAUCGGAGGUAUAGCCGGAGCUGGUGGUGUCGGACCUGGUGGAGCCUCUGGAGGUGCUGGCGGAGGAGGUGUAUCAGUUACAGAAUCAGUUACUGUUGGUGGAGCCGGAGGUGCAGGAGCAGGAGCAGGAGCUGGUGGAAUCAGUGGACCAUCAGGUCUGGGAGGAGCCGGAGCAACUGGUGGAUUCGGUGGUGCAGGAGGACCUGGUGGGCCAGGAGGACCCGGUGGACCAGGAGGAUUUGGAGGUUCAGGCGGAGGAGCAGGAGCCGGUGGUGUCGGACCCGGCGGAAUCUCUGGAGGUGCUGGCGGAUCAGGUGUAACAGUUGUAGAGUCAGUUACUGUUGGUGGAGCCGGAGGACCAGGAGCUGGUGGUGUCGGUCCAGGAGGUGUCGGACCUGGAGGAGUUGGACAGGGAGGUAUUUACGGACCAGGAGGAGCUGGAGGACUUUACGGACCGGGUGCAGGUGGAGCCUUCGGAGCAGGAGGAGGAGCUGGUGCACCAGGAGGACCUGGAGGUCCAGGUGGACCAGGCGGCCCUGGAGGUCCAGGUGGAUUUGGCGGAGGAGCAGGAAUCGGCGGUGGUGUUGGACCAGGAGCUGGAGGUGUUGGACCGUCUGGAGGUGCUGGUGGAACAGGUCCGGUAUCUGUCUCUUCUACUGUAAGUGUCGGUGGUGCUGGCGGACCAGGCGCAAGUGGACCAGGAGUAGGAGGACCAGGAGCAGGUGGAGCAGGAGCUGGUGGUGUCGGAACUGGAGGAUUUGGAGGUCCAGGUGGAUUCGGUGGACCGGGAGGUCCUGGAGGACCAGGCGGCCCAGGAGGAGCAGGCGGAGGCGCCGGCGGCGCUGGCGGAUUGUACGGACCUGGAGGUGCUGGAGGAUUGUACGGUCCCGGAGGAUUAUACGGACCUGGAGGAGCUGGUGCACCUGGAGCUCCCGGAGCUCCGGGUAGAGCAGGAGGUAUCGGAGGUAUAGCCGGAGCUGGUGGUGUCGGACCUGGUGGAGUCUCUGGAGGUGCUGGCGGAGGAGGUGUAUCAGUUACAGAAUCAGUUACUGUUGGUGGAGCCGGAGGUGCAGGAGCAGGAGCAGGAGCUGGUGGAAUCAGUGGACCAUCAGGUCUGGGAGGAGCCGGAGCAACUGGUGGAUUCGGUGGUGCAGGAGGACCUGGUGGGCCAGGAGGACCCGGUGGACCAGGAGGAUUUGGAGGUUCAGGCGGAGGAGCAGGAGCCGGUGGUGUCGGACCCGGCGGAAUCUCUGGAGGUGCUGGCGGAUCAGGUGUAACAGUUGUAGAGUCAGUUACUGUUGGUGGAGCCGGAGGACCAGGAGCUGGUGGUGUCGGUCCAGGAGGUGUCGGACCUGGAGGAGUUGGACCGGGAGGUAUUUACGGACCAGGAGGAGCUGGAGGACUUUACGGACCGGGUGCAGGUGUAGCCUUCGGAGCAGGAGGAGGAGCUGGUGCACCAGGAGGACCUGGAGGUCCAGGUGGACCAGGCGGCCCUGGAGGUCCAGGUGGAUUUGGCGGAGGAGCAGGAAUCGGCGGUGGUGUUGGACCAGGAGCUGGAGGUGUUGGACCGUCUGGAGGUGCUGGUGGAACAGGUCCGGUAUCUGUCUCUUCUACUGUAAGUGUCGGUGGUGCUGGCGGACCAGGCGCAGGUGGACCAGGAGUAGGAGGACCAGGGGCAGGUGGAGCAGGAGCUGGUGGUGUCGGAACUGGAGGAUUUGGAGGUCCAGGUGGAUUUGGUGGACCGGGAGGUCCUGGAGGAACAGGCGGCCCAGGAGGAGCAGGCGGAGGCGCCGGCGGCGCUGGCGGAUUGUACGGACCUGGAGGUGCUGGAGGAUUGUACGGUCCCGGAGGAUUAUACGGACCUGGAGGAGCUGGUGCACCUGGAGCUCCCGGAGCUCCGGGUAGAGCAGGAGGUAUCGGAGGUAUAGCCGGAGCUGGUGGUGUCGGACCUGGUGGAGUCUCUGGAGGUGCUGGCGGAGGAGGUGUAUCAGUUACAGAAUCAGUUACUGUUGGUGGAGCCGGAGGUGCAAGAGCUGGUGGAAUCGGUGGACCAUCAGGUCUGGGAGGAGCCGGAGCAACUGGUGGAUUCGGUGGUGCAGGAGGACCUGGUGGACCAGGAGGACCCGGUGGACCAGGAGGAUUUGGAGGUUCAGGCGGAGGAGCAGGAGCCGGUGGUGUCGGACCCGGCGGAAUCUCUGGAGGUGCUGGCGGAUCAGGUGUAACAGUUGUAGAGUCAGUUACUGUUGGUGGAGCCGGAGGACCAGGAGCUGGUGGUGUCGGUCCAGGAGGUGUCGGACCUGGAGGAGUUGGACCGGGAGGUAUUUACGGACCAGGAGGAGCUGGAGGACUUUACGGACCGGGUGCAGGUGGAGCCUUCGGAGCAGGAGGAGGAGCUGGUGCACCAGGAGGACCUGGAGGUCCAGGUGGACCAGGCGGCCCUGGAGGUCCAGGUGGAUUUGGCGGAGGAGCAGGAAUCGGCGGUGGUGUUGGACCAGGAGCUGGAGGUGUUGGACCGUCGGGAGGUGCUGGUGGAACAGGUCCGGUAUCUGUCUCUUCUACUGUAAGUGUCGGUGGUGCUGGCAGACCAGGCGCAGGUGGACCAGGAGUAGGAGGAGCAGGUGGAGCAGGAGCUGGUGGUGUCGGAACUGGAGGAUUUGGAGGUCCAGGUGGAUUCGGUGGACCGGGAGGUCCUGGAGGACCAGGCGGCCCAGGAGUAGCAGGCGGAGGCGCCGGCGGCGCUGGCGGAUUGUACGGACCUGGAGGUGCUGGAGGAUUGUACGGUCCCGGAGGAUUAUACAGACCUGGAGGAGCUGGUGCACCUGGAGCUCCCGGAGCUCCGGGUAGAGCAGGAGGUAUCGGAGGUAUAGCCGGAGCUGGUGGUGUCGGACCUGGUGGAGUCUCUGGAGGUGCUGGCGGAGGAGGUGUAUCAGUUACAGAAUCAGUUACUGUUGGUGGAGCCGGAGGUGCAGGAGCAGGAGCAGGAGCUGGUGGAAUCGGUGGACCAUCAGGUCUGGGAGGAGCCGGAGCAACUGGUGGAUUCGGUGGUGCUGGAGGACCUGGUGGACCAGGAGGACCCGGUGGACCAGGAGGAUUUGGAGGUUCAGGCGGAGGAGCAGGAGCCGGUGGUGUCGGACCCUGCGGAAUCUCUGGAGGUGCUGGCGGAUCAGGUGUAACAGUUGUAGAGUCAGUUACUGUUGGUGGAGCCGGAGGACCAGGAGCUGGUGGUGUCGGUCCAGGAGGUGUCGGACCUGGAGGAGUUGGACCGGGAGGUAUUUACGGACCAGGAGGAGCUGGAGGACUUUACGGACCGGGUGCAGGUGGAGACUUCAGAGAAGGAGGAGGAGCUGGUGCACCAGGAGGACCUGGAGGUCCAGGUGGACCAGGCGGCCCUGGAGGUCCAGGUGGAUUUGGCGGAGGAGCAGGAAUCGGCGGUGGUUUUGGACCAGGAGCUGGAGGUGUUGGACCGUCUGGAGGUGCUGGUGGAACAGGUCCGGUAUCUGUCUCUUCUACUGUAAGUGUCGGUGGUGCUGGCGGACCAGGCGCAGGUGGACCAGGAGUAGGAGGACCAGGAGCAGGUGGAGCAGGAGCUGGUGGUGUCGGAACUGGAGGAUUUGGAGGUCCAGGUGGAUUCGGUGGACCGGGAGGUCCUGGAGGACCAGGCGGCCCAGGAGGAGCAGGCAGAGGCGCCGGCGGCGCUGGCGGAUUGUACGGACCUGGAGGUGCUGGAGGAUUGUACGGUCCCGGAGGAUUAUACGGACCUGGAGGAGCUGGUGCACCUGGAGCUCCCGGAGCUCCGGGUAGAGCAGGAGGUAUCGGAGGUAUAGCCGGAGCUGGUGGGGUCGGACCUGGUGGAGUCUCUGGAGGUGCUGGCGGAGGAGGUGUAUCAGUUACAGAAUCAGUUACUGUUGGUGGAGCCGGAGGUGCAGGAGCAGGAGCUGGUGGAAUCGGUGGACCAUCAGGUCUGGGAGGAGCCGGAGCAACUGGUGGAUUCGGUGGUGCUGGAGGACCUGGUGGACCAGGAGGACCCGGUGGACCAGGAGGAUUUGGAGGUUCAGGCGGAGGAGCAGGAGCCGGUGGUGUCGGACCCGGCGGAAUCUCUGGAGGUGCUGGCGGUGCUGGCGGAUCAGAUGUAACAGUUGUAGAGUCAGUUACUGUUGGUGGAGCCGGAGGACCAGGAGCUGGUGGUGUCGGUCCAGGAGGUGUCGGACCUGGAGGAGUUGGACCGGGAGGUAUUUACGGACCAGGAGGAGCUGGAGGACUUUACGGACCGGGUGCAGGUGGAGACUUCAGAGAAGGAGGAGGAGCUGGUGCACCAGGAGGACCUGGAGGUCCAGGUGGACCAGGCGGCCCUGGAGGUCCAGGUGGAUUUGGCGGAGGAGCAGGAAUCGGCGGUGGUUUUGGACCAGGAGCUGGAGGUGUUGGACCGUCUGGAGGUGCUGGUGGAACAGGUCCGGUAUCUGUCUCUUCUACUGUAAGUGUCGGUGGUGCUGGCGGACCAGGCGCAGGUGGACCAGGAGUAGGAGGACCAGGAGCAGGUGGAGCAGGAGCUGGUGGUGUCGGAACUGGAGGAUUUGGAGGUCCAGGUGGAUUCGGUGGACCGGGAGGUCCUGGAGGACCAGGCGGCCCAGGAGGAGCAGGCAGAGGCGCCGGCGGCGCUGGCGGAUUGUACGGACCUGGAGGUGCUGGAGGAUUGUACGGUCCCGGAGGAUUAUACGGACCUGGAGGAGCUGGUGCACCUGGAGCUCCCGGAGCUCCGGGUAGAGCAGGAGGUAUCGGAGGUAUAGCCGGAGCUGGUGGGGUCGGACCUGGUGGAGUCUCUGGAGGUGCUGGCGGAGGAGGUGUAUCAGUUACAGAAUCAGUUACUGUUGGUGGAGCCGGAGGUGCAGGAGCAGGAGCUGGUGGAAUCGGUGGACCAUCAGGUCUGGGAGGAGCCGGAGCAACUGGUGGAUUCGGUGGUGCUGGAGGACCUGGUGGACCAGGAGGACCCGGUGGACCAGGAGGAUUUGGAGGUUCAGGCGGAGGAGCAGGAGCCGGUGGUGUCGGACCCGGCGGAAUCUCUGGAGGUGCUGGCGGUGCUGGCGGAUCAGAUGUAACAGUUGUAGAGUCAGUUACUGUUGGUGGAGCCGGAGGACCAGGAGCUGGUGGUGUCGGUCCAGGAGGUGUCGGACCUGGAGGAGUUGGACCGGGAGGUAUUUACGGACCAGGAGGAGCUGGAGGACUUUACGGACCGGGUGCAGGUGGAGCCUUCGGAGCAGGAGGAGGAGCUGGUGCACCAGGAGGACCUGGAGGUCCAGGUGGACCAGGCGGCCCUGGAGGUCCAGGUGGAUUUAGCGGAGGAGCAGGAAUCGGCGGUGGUGUUGGACCAGGAGCUGGAGUUGUUGGACCGUCUGGAGGUGCUGGUGGAACAGGUCCGGUAUCUGUCUCUUCUACUGUAAGUGUCGGUGGUGCUGGCGGACCAGGCGCAGGUGGACCAGGAGUAGGAGGAGCAGGUGGAGCAGGAGCUGGUGGUGUCGGAACUGGAGGAUUUGGAGGUCCAGGUGGAUUCGGUGGACCGGGAGGUCCUGGAGGACCAGGCGGCCCAGGAGGAGCAGGCGGAGGUGCCGGCGGCGCUGGCGGAUUGUACGGACCUGGAGGUGCUGGAGGAUUGUACGGUCCCGGAGGAUUAUACAGACCUGGAGGAGCUGGUGCACCUGGAGCUCCCGGAGCUCCGGGUAGAGCAGGAGGUAUCGGAGGUAUAGCCGGAGCUGGUGGUGUCGGACCUGGUGGAGUCUCUGGAGGUGCUGGCGGAGGAGGUGUAUCAGUUACAGAAUCAGUUACUGUUGGUGGAGCCGGAGGUGCAGGAGCAGGAGCAGGAGCUGGUGGAAUCGGUGGACCAUCAGGUCUGGGAGGAGCCGGAGCAACUGGUGGAUUCGGUGGUGCUGGAGGACCUGGUGGACCAGGAGGACCCGGUGGACUAGGAGGAUUUGGAGGUUCAGGCGGAGGAGCAGGAGCCGGUGGUGUCGGACCCGGCGGAAUCUCUGGAGGUGCUGGCGGUGCUGGCGGAUCAGGUGUAACAGUUGUAGAGUCAGUUACUGUUGGUGGAGCCGGAGGACCAGGAGCUGGUGGUGUCGGUACAGGAGGUGUCGGACCUGGAGGAGUUGGACCGGGAGGUAUUUACGGACCAGGAGGAGCUGGAGGACUUUACGGACCGGGUGCAGGUGGAGCCUUCAGAGAAGGAGGAGGAGCUGGUGCACCAGGAGGACCUGGAGGUCCAGGUGGACCAGGCGGCCCUGGAGGUCCAGGUGGAUUUGGCGGAGGAGCAGGAAUCGGCGGUGGUGUUGGAUCAGGAGCUGGAGGUGUUGGACCGUCUGGAGGUGCUGGUGGAACAGGUCCGGUAUCUGUCUCUUCUACUGUAAGUGUCGGUGGUGCUGGCGGACCAGGCGCAGGUGGACCAGGAGUAGGAGGACCAGGAGCAGGUGGAGCAGGAGCUGGUGGUGUCGGAACUGGAGGAUUUGGAGGUCCAGGUGGAUUCGGUGGACCGGGAGGUCCUGGAGGACCAGGCGGCCCAGGAGGAGCAGGCGGAGGCGCCGGCGGCGCUGGCGGAUUGUACGGACCUGGAGGUGCUGGAGGAUUGUACGGUCCCGGAGGAUUAUACGGACCUGGAGGAGCUGGUGCACCUGGAGCUCCCGGAGCUCCGGGUAGAGCAGGAGGUAUCGGAGGUAUAGCCGGAGCUGGUGGGGUCGGACCUGGUGGAGUCUCUGGAGGUGCUGGCGGAGGAGGUGUAUCAGUUACAGAAUCAGUUACUGUUGGUGGAGCCGGAGGUGCAGGAGCAGGAGCUGGUGGAAUCGGUGGACCAUCAGGUCUGGGAGCAGCCGGAGCAACUGGUGGAUUCGGUGGUGCUGGAGGACCUGGUGGACCAGGAGGACCCGGUGGACCAGGAGGAUUUGGAGGUUCAGGCGGAGGAGCAGGAGCCGGUGGUGUCGGACCCGGCGGAAUCUCUGGAGGUGCUGGCGGAUCAGGUGUAACAGUUGUAGAGUCAGUUACUGUUGGUGGAGCCGGAGGACCAGGAGCUGGUGGUGUCGGUCCAGGAGGUGUCGGACCUGGAGGAGUUGGACCGGGAGGUAUUUACGGACCAGGAGGAGCUGGAGGACUUUACGGACCGGGUGCAGGUGGAGCCUUCGGAGCAGGAGGAGGAGCUGGUGCACCAGGAGGACCUGGAGGUCCAGGUGGACCAGGCGGCCCUGGAGGUCCAGGUGGAUUUGGCGGAGGAGCAGGAAUCGGCGGUGGUGUUGGACCAGGAGCUGGAGGUGUUGGACCGUCUGGAGGUGCUGGUGGAACAGGUCCGGUAUCUGUCUCUUCUACUGUAAGUGUCGGUGGUGCUGGCGGACCAGGCGCAAGUGGACCAGGAGUAAGAGGACCAGGAGCAGGUGGAGCAGGAGCUGGUGGUGUCGGAACUGGAGGAUUUGGAGGUCCAGGUGGAUUCGGUGGACCGAGAGGUCCUGGAGGACCAGGCGGCCCAGGAGGAGCAGGCGGAGGCGCCGGCGGCGCUGGCGGAUUGUACGGACCUGGAGGUGCUGGAGGAUUGUACGGUCCCGGAGGAUUAUACGGACCUGGAGGAGCUGGUGCACCUGGAGCUCCCGGAGCUCCGGGUAGAGCAGGAGGUAUCGGAGGUAUAGCCGGAGCUGGUGGGGUCGGACCUGGUGGAGUCUCUGGAGGUGCUGGCGGAGGAGGUGUAUCAGUUACAGAAUCAGUUACUGUUGGUGGAGCCGGAGGUGCAGGAGCAGGAGCUGGUGGAAUCGGUGGACCAUCAGGUCUGGGAGCAGCCGGAGCAACUGGUGGAUUCGGUGGUGCUGGAGGACCUGGUGGACCAGGAGGACCCGGUGGACCAGGAGGAUUUGGAGGUUCAGGCGGAGGAGCAGGAGCCGGUGGUGUCGGACCCGGCGGAAUCUCUGGAGGUGCUGGCGGAUCAGGUGUAACAGUUGUAGAGUCAGUUACUGUUGGUGGAGCCGGAGGACCAGGAGCUGGUGGUGUCGGUCCAGGAGGUGUCGGACCUGGAGGAGUUGGACCGGGAGGUAUUUACGGACCAGGAGGAGCUGGAGGACUUUACGGACCGGGUGCAGGUGGAGCCUUCGGAGCAGGAGGAGGAGCUGGUGCACCAGGAGGACCUGGAGGUCCAGGUGGACCAGGCGGCCCUGGAGGUCCAGGUGGAUUUGGCGGAGGAGCAGGAAUCGGCGGUGGUGUUGGACCAGGAGCUGGAGGUGUUGGACCGUCUGGAGGUGCUGGUGGAACAGGUCCGGUAUCUGUCUCUUCUACUGUAAGUGUCGGUGGUGCUGGCGGACCAGGCGCAAGUGGACCAGGAGUAAGAGGACCAGGAGCAGGUGGAGCAGGAGCUGGUGGUGUCGGAACUGGAGGAUUUGGAGGUCCAGGUGGAUUCGGUGGACCGAGAGGUCCUGGAGGACCAGGCGGCCCAGGAGGAGCAGGCGGAGGCGCCGGCGGCGCUGGCGGAUUGUACGGACCUGGAGGUGCUGGAGGAUUGUACGGUCCCGGAGGAUUAUACGGACCUGGAGGAGCUGGUGCACCUGGAGCUCCCGGAGCUCCGGGUAGAGCAGGAGGUAUCGGAGGUAUAGCCGGAGCUGGUGGGGUCGGACCUGGUGGAGUCUCUGGAGGUGCUGGCGGAGGAGGUGUAUCAGUUACAGAAUCAGUUACUGUUGGUGGAGCCGGAGGUGCAGGAGCAGGAGCUGGUGGAAUCGGUGGACCAUCAGGUCUGGGAGCAGCCGGAGCAACUGGUGGAUUCGGUGGUGCUGGAGGACCUGGUGGACCAGGAGGACCCGGUGGACCAGGAGGAUUUGGAGGUUCAGGCGGAGGAGCAGGAGCCGGUGGUGUCGGACCCGGCGGAAUCUCUGGAGGUGCUGGCGGAUCAGGUGUAACAGUUGUAGAGUCAGUUACUGUUGGUGGAGCCGGAGGACCAGGAGCUGGUGGUGUCGGUCCAGGAGGUGUCGGACCUGGAGGAGUUGGACCGGGAGGUAUUUACGGACCAGGAGGAGCUGGAGGACUUUACGGACCGGGUGCAGGUGGAGCCUUCGGAGCAGGAGGAGGAGCUGGUGCACCAGGAGGACCUGGAGGUCCAGGUGGACCAGGCGGCCCUGGAGGUCCAGGUGGAUUUGGCGGAGGAACAGGAAUCGGCGGUGGUGUUGGACCAGGAGCUGGAGGUGUUGGACCGUCUGGAGGUGCUGGUGGAACAGGUCCGGUAUCUGUCUCUUCUACUGUAAGUGUCGGUGGUGCUGGCGGACCAGGCGCAGGUGGACCAGGAGUAGGAGGACCAGGAGCAGGUGGAGCAGGAGCUGGUGGUGUCGGAACUGGAGGAUUUGGAGGUCCAGGUGGUUUCGGUAGACCGGGAGGUCCUGGAGGACCAGGCGGCCCAGGAGGAGCAGGCGGAGGCGCCGGCGGCGCUGGCGGAUUGUACGGAUCUGGAGGAGCUGGAGGAUUGUACGGUCCCGGAGGAUUAUACGGACCUGGAGGAGCUGGUGCACCUGGAGCUCCCGGAGCUCCGGGUAGAGCAGGAGGUAUCGGAGGUAUAGCCGGAGCUGGUGGUGUCGGACCUGGUGGAGUCUCUGGAGGUGCUGGCGGAGGAGGUGUAUCAGUUACAGAAUCAGUUACUGUUGGUGGAGCCGGAGGUGCAGGAGCAGGAGCAGGAGCUGGUGGAAUCGGUGGACCAUCAGGUCUGGGAGGAGCCGGAGCAACUGGUGGAUUCGGUGGUGCUGGAGGACCUGGUGGACCAGGAGGAUUUGGAGGUUCAGGCGGAGGAGCAGGAGCCGGUGGUGUCGGACCCGGCGGAAUCUCUGGAGGUGCUGGCGGUGCUGGCGGAUCAGGUGUAACAGUUGUAGAGUCAGUUACUGUUGGUGGAGCCGGAGGACCAGGAGCUGGUGGUGUCGGUCCAGGAGGUGUCGGACCUGGAGGAGUUGGACCGGGAGGUAUUUACGGACCAGGAGGAGCUGGAGGACUUUACGGACCGGGUGCAGGUGUAGCCUUCGGAGCAGGAGGAGGAGCUGGUGCACCAGGAGGACCUGGAGGUCCAGGUGGAUUUGGCGGAGGAGCAGGAAUCGGCGGUGGUGUUGGACCAGGAGCUGGAGGUGUUGGACCGUCUGGAGGUGCUGGUGGAACAGGUCCGGUAUCUGUCUCUUCUACUGUAAGUGUCGGUGGUGCUGGCGGACCAGGCGCAGGUGGACCAGGAGUAGGAGGACCAGGAGCAGGUGGAGCAGGAGCUGGUGGUGUCGGAACUGGAGGAUUUGGAGGUCCAGGUGGAUUUGGUGGACCGGCAGGUCCUGGAGGACCAGGCGGUCCAGGAGGAGCAGUCGGAGGCGCCGGCGGCGCUGGCGGAUUGUACGGACCUGGAGGUGCUGGAGGAUUGUACGGUCCCGGAGGAUUAUACGGACCUGGAGGAGCUGGUGCACCUGGAGCUCCGGGUAGAGCAGGAGGUAUCGGAGGUAUAGCCGGAGCUGGUGGUGUCGGACCUGGUGGAGUCUCUGGAGGUGCUGGCGGAGGAGGUGUAUCAGUUACAGAAUCAGUUACUGUUGGUGGAGCCGGAGGUGCAGGAGCAGGAGCUGGUGGAAUCGGUGGACCAUCAGGUCUGGGAGGAGCCGGAGCAACUGGUGGAUUCGGUGGUGCUGGAGGACCUGGUGGACCAGGAGGACCCGGUGGACCAGGAGGAUUUGGAGGUUCAGGCGGAGGAGCAGGAGCCGGUGGUGUCGGACCCGGCGGAAUCUCUGGAGGUGCUGGCGGUGUUGGCGGAUCAGGUGUAACAGUUGUAGAGUCAGUUACUGUUGGUGGAGCUGGAGGACCAGGAGCUGGUGGUGUCGGUCCAGGAGGUGUCGGACCUGGAGGAGUUGGACCGGGAGGUAUUUACGGACCAGGAGGAGCUGGAGGACUUUACGGACCGGGUGCAGGUGGAGCCUUCGGAGCAGGAGGAGGAGCUGGUGCACCAGGAGGACCUGGAGGUCCAGGUGGACCAGGCGGCCCUCGAGGUCCAGGUGGAUUUGGCGGAGGAGCAGGAAUCGGCGGUGGUGUUGGACCAGGAGCUGGAGGUGUUGGACCGUCUGGAGGUGCUGGUGGAACAGGUCCGGUAUCUGUCUCUUCUACUGUAAGUGUCGGUGGUGCUGGCGGACCAGGCGCAGGUGGACCAGGAGUAGGAGGACCAGGAGCAGGUGGAGCAGGAGCUGGUGGUGUCGGAACUGGAGGAUUUGGAGGUCCAGGUGGAUUUGGUGGACCGGGUGGUCCUGGAGGACCAGGCGGCCCAGGAGGAGCAGUCGGAGGCGCCGGCGGCGCUGGCGGAUUGUACGGAUCUGGAGGUGCUGGAGGAUUGUACGGUCCCGGAGGAUUAUACGGACCUGGAGGAGCUGGUGCACCUGGAGCUCCCGGAACUCCGGGUAGAGCAGGAGGUAUCGGAGGUAUAGCCGGAGCUGGUGGUGUCGGACCUGGUGGAGUCUCUGGAGGUGCUGGCGGAGGAGGUGUAUCAGUUACAGAAUCAGUUACUGUUGGUGGAGCCGGAGGUGCAGGAGCAGGAGCAGGAGCAGGAGCUGGUGGAAUCGGUGGACCAUCAGGUCUGGGAGGAGCCGGAGCAACUGGUGGAUUCGGUGGUGCUGGAGGACCUGGUGGACCAGGAGGACCCUGUGGACCAGGAGGAUUUGGAGGUUCAGGCGGAGGAGCAGGAGCCGGUGGUGUCGGACCCGGCGGAAUCUCUGGAGGUGCUGGCGGUGCUGGCGGAUCAGAUGUAACAGUUGUAGAGUCAGUUACUGUUGGUGGAGCCGGAGGACCAGGAGCUGGUGGUGUCGGUCCAGGAGGUGUCGGACCUGGAGGAGUUGGACCGGGAGGUAUUUACGGACCAGGAGGAGCUGGAGGACUUUACGGACCGGGUGCAGGUGGAGCCUUCGGAGCAGGAGGAGGAGCUGGUGCACCAGGAGGACCUGGAGGUCCAGGUGGAUUUGGCGGAGGAGCAGGAAUCGGCGGUGGUGUUGGACCAGGAGCUGGAGGUGCUGGACCGUCUGGAGGUGCUGGUGGAACAGGUCCGGUAUCUGUCUCUUCAUCUUUUACUGUCGGUGGAGGCGUGUCUACAGGUGGUGUUUUAGCUGCCGCUAGUUAUGCUCCUUCGACUAGUGGAUAUGCAAGAUUACCAAAUUUGGUUAAUAGUAUUAAGAGUUCUAUGCAGGGAGGAGGAUUUAAUUAUCAGAAUUUUGGAAAUAUGCUUUCGCAGUAUGCCACAGGUUCUGGUUCUUGCAGCUAUUAUGAUUUAAAUCUUUUGAUGGAUGCCCUUUUGGCAGCGCUUCACACCCUCAGCUACCAGGGAGCUUCUUAUGUCCCUUCAUAUCCGUCGCCAUCUGCGAUGUCAGCUUACUCGCAAUACGUUCGAAGAUGCUUCUGAAUGUGAUCCAGUUUUCGUGAUGCGUCUAAUCGGCUUUAACUUUUUCUACAUUACUACAAAAAAUAAUUGCUUUGUGAUUUAAUUGCAUAUGUUUUCAAAUAAUUAAUAAUUUUAUAAGAGAAUAAAAUAUUAUUUUAAAAG